AUGAGCAAACAUCAAUUAGAUAACAUGCGCCACAAGAUCUUAUACCGACAAAUUAAAUCGGUUAAAGCAGGCCAACUCGAACGGUUUAAGAUUCAAUUUAGCCAACAUGCUGAAGGCGACGAAGUGGUAAUUCCUCCAACCUUGUGGGUCAAGAUCAAAAACACCGAGCCCGUGUCGAAAAGGGCUAUUUAUCUUGCUGGACCAUACAUCUUGUAUGUCGAUUGUCGAUUGCUGGACUAUGACCCGAAUGUGACUUACUUUGUCACGGCUGACCAGCCCGUGUUUGAACCACAACUACUACCUGGACAAUCAUUCUACAUCCAGCUAUCGUGUCAUACCUUGAAGAAGGAUUACUCAUGGAUCAUCGACGUUGUUUCGCAGAUUAUCUUCAACAACACUAUAGCUAUAAAUUUUGAAAUUACCAUUGGCACUUCAAAACUGGUGUUGCACCAAACCCCCUCCAUAUUUGAAGAACAGAUGUCCAAUACAGAUAAACUAGGCACUUUCUGUCCAUUGUUGCAUGUAACCGAAUGGGAUACUCAGGAUUUAUGGAAUAUACCAGUGUUGCAACCUAUUAAGCUGAAGCAUCUUGUGAUUUUGACCCAUGGCUUGCAUUCGAAUAGCAGUGUUGAUAUGUUGUACUUGAAAGAACAGAUUGACGCAAUAGUAGAGCCACAGUCACAGGCGAAUGAAAAUGAACAAGUAGUGGUAAAAUCAUUCUUUGGAAAUAUUGGCAAAACGGAACGAGGAAUCAAAUACUUGGGAAGCCGAGUUGCCGAAUAUGUUGUAAAACUCGUCACUGAAGAUAAAAUGUUGAAUAAUGACCAAGUUACAAAAAUAUCGUUUAUUGGUCAUUCAUUGGGUGGUUGUGUGCAAACUUUUGCCAUUGCUUACCUUCGCCUGAAUUUCCCUUGGUUUUUUGAAAAAAUUGCACCAAUCAACUUUGUUACCAUAUCAUCACCAUUGUUGGGAGUUGUCAAUGAAAAUCCAUUGUAUGUCAAGAUGGCGUUAAGUGCUGGUUUUGUUGGCAAAACAGGGCAAGAAUUGGGGUUGAAAAUAUUGGAAAAUAACUCAAAGCCGUUACUAUUGUUGCUCCCGACUGGAUUAACUCAUAAAACCUUAAAACAGUUUCGUAGACGAACCGUUUAUGCCAAUGCGGUAAAUGAUGGAAUAGUACCUUUACGAACUUCGUGUCUUUUGUAUCUUGACUACAAAGGAUUGGCUUCAUUAAUCAACUCCAGCGAAUUAGAAAAUGGUGACAAGACAGAUAAGAUACCGAAAUCAGUUGAUAAUGUAAAUGGCUUUCUGGCUGUACAAACAUUUUUAUCAUAUUUCAUGCCUCAGAAGCAAAACUCAAACGAGAAAUUCAAAAACUUUCAAACUCAAGAAGAAGGGGAGAAUACAGAAAAAGAAGGAAAGGAAGAAGAGGGAGAAGAAGGAAUGGCCAUAAAGAAAGAAGUAGACGGGAUACCAAACACUACAUUUAUAGAUAGUGCAGCGUCACUAUUUCUUCCACCAAUGCCAUCAAUGAAGUAUAUAGCUGAUCCAUCAUCUAGAGAAAAUGUUAUUGUACAUGACAAGGUCUACUAUGAAAAAGAUUUACCCCCAAAACGGCGUGAAGCCGCGCUUAAUGAGACUAGUGGUGGACCUUCAUCCUUACUAAGGAGGAAGAUUAUUCAGAAGAUAGAUUAUACUAAUCUUGAAACUAUUGAGGAAGAUAUUGCUCGAGAAUACCAUAAAAAUAUGAGCUGGAGAAAGGUAGUAGUAAAGCUAAAACCUGAUGCACAUAAUAACAUUAUUGUACGUAGAAGAUUCGCCAAUGCAUACGGAUGGCCUGUAAUUCAUCAUCUUGUUGAAAAUCAUUUUGGUCAAAAAGCACGAGAGGAGGAGGAGGAGGAGAAUCAGUUAUCACGUCCUUUUAGCUCCUCGCUCGGAGUAUGUGACUCCUUGGAUGAAGAUUUAGGAUUAUCUAGACUUCUUUCGAGAGAUUUGAUGACAAAGGAAAAUAAUGAAAUUGACGAAAACACGAUUUCAGAAGAAGAAUUGAACUUAAAUGCGUCAUGGAUUAACUCAAAUGAUAAUGCUGAAAGUGUAUUUGCAUUGGGAGUGACUGGGUUAAUUGGAGAAAUCACUGCAAUGGUUGGAGAUUUUGGAAAUCAGCUAUACAAUUAUAGCAUAAACCCUCCGAGUUUGCCGUUGCUUGGGCAGAUCCCUGUGCCAUACGUACUGAGUUCAUCUAGAUAUAACGAAGAAGAUGACAACGAUAACGGCACCCUAUCGUCGGGAGUAUCAAGAAAUGACAAAGCGAUUGAAAAAGAAAACACUGAGAUUGACGACUCCAGUGAUUUAGGGUUAACUAAAGGAAUUAUCGGUAAUUUCAUGUGA